AUAGCAGACAAUGCAUCGGGGUGGUACGGCGGUGGAGAGCGGUUCAAUGCGGUGAACCAGAAGGGCAAUGUGUUGCCCAUGUUCUCGUUUGACCGCUUCACUGACGUCCCUGCGCAGCGCAGCUACAAGCCGGUGCCGUUUGUGAUGAGCAGCAGCGGGUACGGCGUGUGGGUGCAGUCCUAUGCCAACGGCUCCUUCAGCCUCGGUGCCCCCGACGAGCCUGACAUGCUGGCCAUCCGCUACAGGGAGCAGCAGCUGCGCGUGGUGUUCAUCGCGGGCCCCUCGCUGCUCGCUGUGCUCUCCGAGUUCACCCGCCUCUCCGCGCGCCCCUCCAUGCCGCCCGACUGGGCCUUUGCGCCCUGGAAGGGCCGAGACGUGCAUUUCAAUUGCUCGCAGGUGGUGGAAGAUGCGGAGAAGCUGCGGCAGCAGGGCAUACCGGGGUCGGUGAUUCUGAUAGACAGCCCGUGGGAGACAGGCUACAACGACUUCGCCAUCAACCGCCUCCAGUUCCACGACCCGGACGACAUGUUCCUGCGCCUCGAGGAGCUGGGGUUCUACAACAUCUUCUGGGCCACGCCCUUCAUCAACCGCGCCAACCGAGUGGACAUGCCCGGCAUCACCGCAGGGCCCGCAGCCAUCUUCCACGAGGCAGACAGCAAGGGCUUCCUCGUGCAGCAGGAGGGGGGCGGCUCGCAGAUAGUGAAGUGGUGGAAGGGCGAGGGCGGGCGGGUGGACUUCACGAGUGAGGCAGCGGUGGCGUUCUGGCAGGCGGCCAUGAACGCCACGCUGCAGUGGCCCACGGCGCGCGGCUUCAAGUGUGACGACGGCGAGGGCAACUACUUCCAGCCCGGCGCUGCCUUCCACGACGGCUCGCCCCUUUCAGUCAUGAAGACGCGGUACGUGGAGGUGUAUCUGGCAGCCAUGGGGGCGUUCAUAGACAAGUACCUGCAGGGGGACGGGGUGCUCAUGGCCAGGAGUGGCUUCACCGGCACCGGCAAGUCGUUCGUGUGGGCGGGCGACCAGCGCGCCAACUGGAACCGCACGGAGGGCUUCCCGUCGGUCAUCAUGGCGGGGCAGACGGCAGCGCUGUCGGGGUUCUUCCUGUGGGGCAGCGACAUCGCGGGGUACUUUGGCAAGACCAUCGACAAGGAGCUCUUCAUCCGCUGGAGCCAGUUCGGGCACUCAUCAACGUUGUUCUCUCCAUUCCUCCCCACCCCACUUGUAUCCUGUCUUGUCGAACCCCCACCUCCCAGCGCGCUAUCCCCGCUGAUGCACCAGUUCGGGCAGGCCAACAACGGCCCGUGGGACUACGAUGCCGUCACGCUGCGCAUCUACCGCCGCUUCGCCCGCCUGCACAUGGCGCUCUUCCCCUACCUCAAGGCCGCCGCACUCGCCAGCGCCACGCACGGUCUCCCCAUCCUCUGCGCCAUGCCGCUCGCCUUCCAAGGCGACCCUGAGGCUGCCUCCCCGCAGUGGCAGUGGCAGUACAGGUUCGGCCCGGACCUGCUGGUGGCUCCGGUGUACGAGCCUGGGGUGACGCAGGCGACAGUAUACCUGCCUGGGGGCAGUGCGUGGGUGCACUUCUGGGCGCCCAACGGUGUGCUCCUGCAGGGCGGGGCCGCCGUGCAGGUGGCGGUGCCGCUGCAUGAGACGGCGCUGUACGUGCGGGCGGGGGCGCUGAUAGAGAGUAUAGAGGAGGACGUGGACACGCUGGUGCCGCCCUCCGACAAGCUGCACCCCGACGUCAAGACCAUCGGCAGGUGUGCCUUGCCUUGCAUCCUCGCCACCCAUCAUCCUCGCCACCCAUCAUCCUCGCCACCCAUCAUCCUCGCCACCCAUCAUCCUCGCCACCCAUCAUCCUCGCCACCCAUCAUCCUCGCCACCCAUCAUCCUCGCCACCCAUCAUCCUCGCCACCCAUCAUCCUCGCCACCCAUCGUCCUCGCCACCCAUCAUCCUCGCCACCCAUCAUCCUCACCCUCGCACAUGCCUCCUUCCGUUCGCACUCUUGGCCCUCAUCAUGCCUUGUCUCAUUCGUUACUUCCCCCUUUCUUGCACAUCAGCCUCAUCCCCUACCCCCCACCCCUUCCCUCUGCCACAGUGUGCGCAUCCUGCAGGUGUGGCCGGGCAUCCCCUCACAGCCAUCAUCGCUGGCAUCGCUGCUCGCCCCCUUCCACGCCACGCUCACCGCGCGCCCCGUGCCGCAGGCGCACGGGCGGCACCGCGUGGUGCUGCAGCUGCGGGCGAGUGAGCGUGUGGAGCUGUCACUGCGCUUCAUGCACGGGCAGCGCCUGCGGCAGCCCAGUGUGCGGCGCAGCAAGCGCGAGCAGGUGGGCGUGGCGUGUGCGGCGGGCAACUACCUGGGCGUGGAGGGGCUGCACUGUGCUGUCGUGCUGGAGGCGGGGGUCACCGAGGUGGUGUGGGAGUAUGGGGAGUAA